AUGCUGGAUGCGGUCACUGUGUUCCACGUUCAGGAAGAGGUGGUCUUACGGUGGUCAGUGACUCAUCCACCAUGCAUAUCAAUUCUCACAAUGUAUCAGGGACAGCGCGACAAUCGAUUGAAGGGUUUUCAUGUUUCAACGAUAAAGAACAUCAAGCCGACACAUGCACAAGCACGGGAUGCUGGCCGUGGAACCAGUUGUGGAGCGACGGCCAGAGUCCAGGCAUACGAAGAGUACGAGACGAAUAGCGACGCAGACUUAGAUGUCCAAUUGUGUAAAAUCUUUUGGUACUUCUUUGGUGCUUCACAAAUUCAUCGAUACUUCUUUGGUGCUGAUUUCGUGGAGCAAUCGAGUCUUGCAUCAGAGGAGCAAUGA